GAGUUGGUUGGUUGCUUGAGCCGCCGAAGCAGAGUCGAGUUGGCUGCUGAACCGUCCGCUUCAGUAGCGCUGCUGCUGCAGAAGGAGGAGGACGAAAAGGAGGAGCAGCAGCAGUAGGGCGGCCGGAUUGCAGAGGAGAAGGACUUGAGGGGAAAGAGAUGAGGAGGGGAAGGAAAGAGCGGAAAGAAGGAGAGAGCGUCCUGAGGCGAAGUGAGGGAAAGCGCGGGCAAAGCAGAAAGGGGAGAAAGUGGUGAGAGGCCUUCUUUCCCCCAGGCAAAACGGCGGCGGCAGCAGCGGGCACGGCUGUCCCGCGCGGCUUGGCGGGCCGAAGUGGCUUCAAGUCGCCUCCCGCCGCUAUGGCGUUGAAGGACAGCGGCGGCGGCGCCUCGGUCGCCCCCAGUAGCGGGAGCAGCAGCAGCGCCGCCGCCGCCGCCACCAUCCUGCCCAUCAGCGACAUGGUGUCCUCCUCGUGCGCCUUCCCGGAGGUGGUGGAGCUCAAUGUUGGCGGGCAGGUGUACGUGACCCGGCACGCGACGCUGCUGAGCGUGCCGGACAGCACUUUGGCCCACAUGUUCUCCCCGCGGCGGGGCAACGCUGCUUCCGGCCCUCGCGAGCUGCCCCGCGACAGCCGGGCCCGCUUCUUCCUCGACCGCGACGGCUUCCUCUUCAGGUACAUCCUGGACUACCUCCGCGACAAGCAACUCGCCCUCCCGGAGCACUUCCCGGAGAAGGAGCGGCUCCUGCGCGAGGCCGAAUUCUUCCAACUGCCCGAGCUCGCCAAGCUGCUCUCGCCCAAGGUGGCCAAGCAGAGUUCGCUCAACGACGAGGGCUGCCAGAGCGACCUGGAGGAAGGCAGCGCCGGGGGCAGCGUCUCCCCCGCCGAGCUGCUCCCGCCCCACUCCAGGGGGCUCGGCGAGAAGCGCGCCGGCUUCCUCACCGUCGGCUACAGGGGCUCCUACACCGCCCUCCGCGACAACCAAGCCGACGCCAAGUUCCGCCGCGUGGCCCGCAUCAUGGUCUGCGGCCGCAUCGCCUUGGCCAAAGAGAUCUUCGGCGAGAGCCUCAACGAGAGCCGCGACCCGGACCGCCCGCCCGAGAAGUACACCUCCCGCUUCUACCUGAAGUUCACCUACCUGGAGCAGGCCUUCGACCGCCUCUCCGAAGCCGGCUUCCACAUGGUGGCCUGCAACUCCACCGGCACCGCCGCCUUCAUCAACCAGUACCGCGAGGACAAGAUCUGGAGCAGCUACACCGAGUACAUCUUCUACAGACCACCUCAGAGAACAGUGUCUCCCAAACAUGAACAUGAAGAUCGCAAGCAUGAAAAAGUUGCAGACAAAGGAAGCGAGAGUGGGACUUCCUGCAAUGAGUUGUCCACUUCUAGUUGUGACAGCCACUCUGAAGCCAGCACUCCCCAAGAGAAUGCUCCUGGCACCCAGCAGUCAUCAGGGCACCAGCCAAACACUCUUACAUUAGAUCGUCCCUCCAAGAAGGCCCCGGUACAGUGGAUGCCACCACCAGACAAGCGUAGAAACAGCGAACUUUUUCAAACUCUCAUUAGCAAGUCCAGAGAGACAAACCUCUCCAAAAGGAAGGUGUGUGAGAAGUUAAGUGCUGAAGAAGAGAUGAAGAAAUGUAUUCAGGAUUUUAAAAAAAUCCAUAUUCCAGAUUGUUUUCCUGAACGGAAACGCCCAUGGCAGUCUGAACUAUUACAAAAAUACGGGCUAUAGUUUUUAAAGUAUUUCAUGACAUGUCAUUGGUGCAUUAGCUGUUUACUAUGUUGCCAGUUUCUACUGAUGUACUUCUUUCUGGUCUACUCGUUGGAGUGAUUCCUGCUGCUUAAUUUUUUCUGUGAACUGGAUGUUGACUAGAACAUGAGUUGACUUUCCCCUUUUUUAAAAAAGAAAUGAUAACACGAAAAGAAGGAACUGUGUGUUCUUUUAUAAAUAGUUAAAAUUUGCAUGAUCAAGACAUUUUGGGUUUCAGACUUCUCAUAUGUAAAACAGAUACAUCAUCAGAUAAUGCUUCAUUCUAAGAUUGUAAUAAUAGUGAUGAUACAAAAUUCAACUGGUUAAAGAAGAAUGGGGCCUAUGAUAACAGCAUUAAAUGCAAGCACUUUUUAAAAAUGUUAAUACAAUAAAGCAAAUAUCUGUUUUGCAUGAACACAAUAGAGACAAGUAGAUCACACAAGAACAAGAGGUUCGUCUGCUGCUUGGAUAAAUAUUUUGUUCAAUACCAAGACUAUAAAUGUAAAAUGUCUUUGGAAUUGAACCUUGUGAGGAUUUGUGUGUGGCUGUGUGUUCGUUUCGUUAGGAUGGUGUAAAUAUGCCUUAUACUGUUUUAUGGUUGCACCAACAUUCAUCUGUUCAUGUUUGCCAGAACUAUUUCUGUCAAGUGCAAAACUAUCUGCAGAUUGUGAAAACUAACGUGAUGGUCUGAAAUUUUUCUGUUUUCAUGUUAGUCAACAAAGGUGGAAAAAUAAAAAGACCUUAAUGUAUUUGUUAAAGAGGCCUACUGUUAAAUGCUUUUGAUGUAUUACCCUUUUGUUGUUAUUAGCCUCUGUCUUCAUCCCCAAGUAGGUUUUAAGAGGAGUUUCUACAGUGUUCUCUGCUACCAAAUUGAAAACAACAUGUUUCAGCAGAAAAUGAAUAAUGCUUGGGGUAUGAGAGUUUUAAUUAAAAUGUUCAAUAGAGAUUCAGUAUGAUGGAAAAGAACAGUGUUAUUGAUUACUGCUCAGUAUAGUAACGAUAAAAUCUCAGCCAAAAUGCACACAGAGUAUUUUAGUUGAUAAAAGAAAUAAUGUUCUGACAACUGAUGGAAAUUACUGUUAAAUACUAGAUUUAAGACGUCAUUAACAGGCACAAGACAAUAUUAUUUCCCAGGGCUCAAAAACUAAUAUUUACUCAGAAUGACACAUAAUUAAUCUGAUUAAAACCAGCCAUGUUUGGGGAUUAAUAAUGGAUUUUCAGGAGCUUGGGUAAUACUGUUAGACAUUAUGUUUUUAUAUAUAUUUCGAAAAUUUGCUACACUAAUUCUAUUGUUCGUUGCUUUUCAUUACAGUAGCAUGGAUAUCCUUGCUGAUGUGACAAAUCAGGUCACAUGUGGGGAGGCUGGUUGCUUCUACAGGUUUAGAAUAAUCUCUGAGCAUUUAUUUCAAUUAUGUCAGAUCACUAUCUGGGUCUGCAUUAUUGGACUGAUUUUGCAGGGAUCCUGAAGUAUCUAAGUCAUAUAAUGUUUUUCUAAUAUAAUCCAGCUGCCAUCUUCACAAAACUAGGAACUAGCUACCAACAUGGUGGCAAUCCUUUUUUGGUCCCAAAGUGGCCAUAUUUUGUAAAAUGGUGACUGCUUUUUAUUAGAUUAACUCCAAAUUUAAUUAUAUUGAAGAGUGCACCCAGUAAAAUCAACAGGGCUGGACUCAAGUCAUAUUGAUUUCAAUGAAGUAUGACUGAGCCUGGCUCCUACAGCGAUUUGUUUCUGAUUUUUGACCCACCUUUCAUUACAGGGGCCCCCGGUGGCACAGUGUGUUAAAGCGCUGAGCUGCUGAACUUGCGGACCAAAAGGUCGCAGGUUUGAAUCCAGGGAGCGGAAUGAGCACCCACUGUUAGCCCCAGCUUCUGCCAACCUAGCAAUUCGAAAACAUACAAAUGUGAGUAGAUCAAUAGGUACCGCUCCAACAGAAAGGUAACGGUGCUGCAUGCAGUCAUGCCGGCCACAUGACCUUGGAGGUGUCUACAGACAACGCCGGCUCUUCGGCUUAGAAAUGGAGAUGAGCACCAACCCCCAGAGUUGGAUACGACUGGACUUAACAUCAGGGGAAACACUUACCUUUAUCUUUACCUUUCAUUUCAAAGGUUGACAACAGAAGUAUGUUGUAGAGGCCCCUCAUGUGUCUUUACAGUUUAAAAAAUAAACAAUUAUAAAACUAACAUCUGGUGGAUACCUUCAAUCACAUUGGGAUUGUUAUGUGCCAAACUCUCCUCUGGUUGUUUUCUCGUUGUAAAGACAUGCCUCCUGCCUCACUUAGUUUCUUGAUGCUCCUGUAAGAAAAAGAUUUGUGCUAAUGUUGGGUAUACUGAAGAACCAGCAAUGCCAGUAAUCCAAAUGAUGGUCUCCAUUGCAAUUUCCCAUUGGUGCAAAAUAACAACAAUCCUAAUAGAGGUUGACUGGUGUUGCUGAGUGACCAUAAUGCCAGGUAACUACUUCUUUCCUGGAAGUACUCAUUUCCCAAUGUUUUCUUUAGUUCUGUGAGUAAUGCCCUGGUUACUAGGGAAAGGAAUAUCUUACACUAUUCCUAAGUCCCAUUUACACUGCCAUAUAAUGCAGUUUGACACUGUAUUAUAUAGUCAGUGUAGACUCAUAUAAUGCAGCUCAAUGCAUUAUGAAUCUACACUGCAUUACAUGGCAGUGUAGAUGGGGCCAUAUUGAAAGACCAGCAAGAUAAAAAAUGGUCCUAGUUUAAAGCUUAAUGCCAGUAGUCUUUGGUCUCAUUUUCCAGGAGGCGUGGCCUUUUUAGUUUGUUGCAUCUAAAAUAACAAAGAGUCUUGUGGUAUAUUUAAGCUCAUUAUGGAUUAAACCUUUGUAUACUGUAGUCCUUUGCAUCAGAGGCCUUAAUAAAUAUUAGUCUUUAAAGUG